UAAGGGAGGGCGUGGCUUCCUGCUGCAGAUAGGCAGCCUUAAUGCGGAAGAUAAACAAAAGCCUUCCUAUUUCCAACUUUUCAGGAACAGCGACAAGGUCCUCAGGAGGUUUUUUGAGACCUAAACUCUUCAUCUAAGCAACUUAAUACACCGACUAUGUGGCCAAAUCAAGGUCCUCCUCCUCCUCAAAUGGGUCCCCAAAACCCUGCCUUCCCUCCAGACUACAACCCUGCUUUUCCCACUGCUCCUGGAUCAGGAAUGUUCCCCCAGGGUCCGAAUCCUGCAUACCCUGCAGGCCAAUUCCCAGCUCCCAUGAACCCAGCCAUGGUUCCCAUUGCACCUCCCGGGGCUCCUGGCCCCCAGGCAUAUCCCAUGGCUCCUGGAGGUGUUUAUCCAGGUCCAUAUCCCCACUCUCCUAAAGGGGGCCACCACAAGGAUCCUCAUCAUGGUGGAUUAUACCCUGGGCCUGGAAUGGUUGUUGGAGGCCAUGGACACAAAAAGCAUAAGAAGAUGAAAAAGAUGAAGAAGGUGAAGAAAGAACACAAGCAUGGACACCACAAACAUGGCAAGCAUUCAAGCAGCAGCAGCAGUAGCAGCAGCAGCAGUGACUCAGACUAAAUCUUCAACACUCAGCCUUCAUGCUUAUUCCAAAAGCGCAACUCAUCUUAUUACCUUAAAUCAAAUCUUAUCACAUGCACAAAUAUAGUAUUUUAUAAACUCCCCUUAAAGUUAAUUUAUGACACUAAAGCAGCAUACACACUAGUAGUUGUUACUUUCGGUUUCUGAGAUUCAGUUUAUUUCAUUCCUCUUACAGGACAUGGGACUUUACUUUGUAGUAAGGUCAUUAGUUUUCUGCUACUUCAGUACAGAAAUUCUCCGUUUGUGUAAAUGCUCAAAAAUAAGUGUACAACUAUGACGUGUUUUGUUUUUUAAGAUGUCAUAGGAUAUUAGUACAACUAUUAUGAUAAACAGUUUUAUGUUCUAAGUAGAAUAUUAGCUAAGUCCAGAGUUAGACCCAUUAUGUUGUUGUCAACAUCUGAUUUUACGCUCAUUACUACAUGGCUUCAAAAUAAAUAAAUCAAUCAACUACA